AUGGAGAGCCAGUUCAUGCCACCAUUUAUUCCUUUGCCAUCUCCAUCUCUUCACCCACUUUGUUUAUCCCAACUAGCACUAGUAAACUAUGCUUGUGCAAUGUUGCCUCUCAAGGCAACACCUCCAUCUUUACCACUCACACCUUCACCCUCUCCUUCGUCCCCUAAUGCUGAUGAGGGACACAGGAGUCACCAAACUUCUCAAGAAGAUGAAUGUUGUAGGUGGGCUAGAGAAAUAGACAUCCAAUGUGUAUGUGAAAUCCUAGUUCUAUUGCCUCCCUUCCUUUCUAAACCUUUGCAUCAGUACUCAAUCAGCAUUGGAGAAUCGUGUAAGGUCACUUAUUCGUGCGGUGGGCCAAAAUGA